CCCCGUUUGUCAUCACUGUUGUGUGUAUGUGUGUGUGUGUGUGUGCGUGCGAGAGAGAGCCACGCUCACACGGCCACACACACGCACUGUUGUGAAAGAUGUCCGCUAGCUCGCAGUCCGCCAAAAGCAAAAAGGACGAGUCUUUUCUGGGCAGACUCGGGGGUACUUUGGUUCGCAGGAAGAAAGCCACAGAAGUGAGUGACCUCCACGAGGAAGGCAAAAAUGCCAUCAACGCUCCAAUGCUCCCGUCUGGGACGGACGUCCAUCCCGAGGACACUCUGCUGGAGGAGAACGCUGAGAGGAUCAUGCUGGACCCGACGUCACGGGAUGACCCCAAGUUUAAAGAUUUGCUGAAGGUGCUCAUUGACUGGAUCAACAGUGAGCUGGAGGAGGACAGGAUCAUCGUGAAAGACCUGGAGGAAGACUGCUAUGACGGACAAGUGCUGCAGAAGCUUUUUGAAAAACUGUCUGGCCGGAAGCUGAAUGUGGCCGAGGUGACCCAGUCGGAGAUCGGCCAGAAGCAGAAGCUCCAGACGGUUCUGGAGGCCGUAAACGAGCUGCUGCGUCCUCACGGCUGGUCCAUCGAGUGGAGCGUCGACUCCAUCCACUGCAAAAACCUGGUGGCAAUCGUGCACCUGCUGGUGUCUUUGGCCAUGCACUUCCAGGCGGCCAUCAGGCUGCCCGAGCACGUCUCAGUCAGGGUGGUGGUGGUGAAGAAGCGAGAAGGCAUCCUGCAGACCGCCCUUGUCAACAAGGAGCUGACCAGCACCACCGAAAUGAUGAUGGGAAGAUUUGAAAGAGAUGCUUUUGACACGCUUCUGGAUCACGCGCCCGAUAAACUCAAUGUGGUCAAAACGUCGCUCAUCACCUUUGUGAACAAGCACUUAAACAAGUUGAACCUGGAAGUCACUGAGCUGGAAUCUCAGUUUGCUGAUGGUGUUUACCUGAUCCUCUUGAUGGGGCUGUUGGAGGACUACUUCGUGCCUCUCUACAACUUUUUCCUCACCCCGGAGAACUUCGACCAGAAGGUCCACAAUGUGGCAUUCGCAUUUGAGCUCAUGCAGGAUGGCGGCCUGAAAAAGCCCAAAGCCAGACCAGAAGAUGUGGUCAACUUGAACCUCAAGUCCACCCUCAGAGUCCUCUACAACCUCUUCACCAAUUACAAGAACUCUGAGUGACAGCUCGCAUCUCCAACACACGCCUGUGUGUGUGUGUGUGCGUGUGUGUGUGUGUGUAUGUGUGUGUUUGUAUGUGCGCGUGAUGAACAAGGACUUUUAACUCGUUCCGUUGUCAGAGACCAUUGGGAAUGCAAGUGUUGAAUCAAGUGUAUUAAUAGUUUGAAUGCUCAGCUAUGAGCCAUCAAAGUCAACAUGUUCAACAUAAACUCAACUGCUCACGUUAACAAAAUCGCUUAAUAUUUGUGUUUUGUGUAGAUAUUAAAGGAUACAUAUUUUACAUUUUUUUCCACAAUUUGAA